UUUCCGAGAAGAGUAGCGACCAACCGAGUGUACAAGAGGUUCAUUUAUUUAUCGUAGUCGCGAGCAGACUGAUCGCGGAACAUGUGAAUUUUUCACGUCCAGAUUCUGCUUUAUCCUCCUUUCUUCUCUCGCCUGUCGUAUCCUCUUGGAAAUUUCUACAAGAGGUGUAACGCCAGUAACCCCGAUUCCCGUUUAAAAAAUUGAAAUACUAUCUGUAGAGGGUGUACCGUCUCUCGAAACGCGAUUGGUGAACAGUUGGUGCACAAGAUGCUGUCUCUACUACUGCCACUUUUACUCUUACAUCAAUUCUCGCCCGCUACGGGAUUCAACAUCCUUGGUAUUUGUCCCAGCGCAAGCUACAGCCACCAGCAACCCUUUCAAGCAUUGAUGAAAGCCUUGGCGGCUCGUGGACACAACGUCACUGUAAUAUCAACUAUACCAUCAAAAAAACCGAUCGAGAACUACGAGGACAUCGAUUUGUCGUUUUCGUAUCGAAAAACAGAUUGCACGGGUUUGAGGCAUUUAGGACCGUUCACCAUUCUAAGAAUGAACAUGGAAGAGGCGAACAGAAUGUGUCAGGAGCAACUAUUCAGUCCGGCUAUUACCCAACUAAUUUCAAACAACAGAAGUUUCGACGCCAUAAUUAUAGAACAAUUGUGGUAUCAAUGUUAUUACGCCCUCGUGAAACAUUAUAAUUCGCCAGUUCUAAUCGGAUUCUUAAGUGUUGGGAAUCUGCCUUAUGUUAUGGAUUCCGUUGGAAAUCCGGAUGAUCCAAUUUUGAACCCCGACAUGGCCUACCCGUUCACGAAUAAAAUGAGUCUGAACGAACGUAUCUGGAAUAUCAUUUAUACAACGUGGACUAGGAUAUACUAUAGAUACUGGCAUUUACCGAGGGCACAAGAGAUCGUUAACAAGUGGAUGCCGAACGUCUCGAUCCAAGACAUCGACAGGAACUUUAGUCUAGUAAUAUUGGGGAACAAUCACGUGUUCGGAUAUCCGAAACCGCUCUUGCCAAACGUAAUCGAGGUUCACAGUCUCCAAAUCAUGGAGAAAACCGAACUAUUGCCCAAGGAUAUCGAAGAAUUCCUGAACGGAGCGAAACACGGAGCGAUCUACUUUUCUCUAGGAUCGAAUUUGCAAACUCAUCAAUUGCAAGCAGGACUUUUGACCGUAUUGUGCAACGCGCUUAGUUCGCUCAAGCAAAGAGUUGUAUGGAAACACGCUGGAGACAUACCCGUUCGUGUGGCUAACAUCAAAUUUGUGAAAUGGGCACCUCAACAGGCGAUUCUUGCACAUCCGAAAGUGAUGGCGUACGUGAUGCAGGGCGGAUUGCAGUCAUUGCAGGAAGCCGUGCACUAUUCGGUGCCGGUAGUCGCCAUUCCGUUUUUCGGGGAUCAACUUUUUAACGCACGUAAAAUUCUCGAUACUGGUAUCGGACUUACAUUGAACAUCGAUACUAUCACCGAGGAAUCUGUCGUGCAAACUCUGUCUGAGAUCAUAGAAAAUAAAAUAUAUUACACAAAUAUCAAAACUAUGUCUGAUAUUAUUAAGGAUGAAAUGGUAAAACCAAUGGACCGUGCUGUUUGGAAUGUAGAACAUGUAAUCAAGUUUUCGGGAUCGAAACAUUUACGUUACUACGGACAUGACAUCUUGUUAGUUGAUUACUACGGGACAAUAGCAAUAUUUAUCGCGCCCUUAAUUUUACUUUCAUGCUGUGGCUACUUUCUUUACAAUUAUUUAAAGUCCGUUGUAGGACAAUCUCUAUUUAGACUUAAAUUUUUCAUGAAGUCGAAGUCAGAAUAA